CCCGAAUAUGCACAAUACUCGCUCGAAGCGGCGCGUGAAUCGCUGGUUUUACUGAAAAACGACAAAAACAUUCUUCCGUUGGCGAAGAACAAAAAAGUUCUCGUCACAGGUCCGACGGCUGAUUCGCAUAUUUCGUUAAAUAACGGUUGGUCGUGGGUUUGGCAAGGUUCGGAAGAAUCGCUUUAUCCGCUUCAAAAACCGACGAUUCAAAAAGCGAUCGAGCAAAAACUCGGCGGAAAGAAUUUUGAAUUCGUGCAAGGAACGCGCAUUACGCGCCCGCCGAAUACGCCUUCAAACGGAACGCCGACCGAUCUGGACGUUGAAGUUGACGUGAAAAAAGCCGUCGAAGAAGCGAAGGAUUCCGAUGUUGUCGUGCUUUGUUUAGGCGAAGGCUCAUACACGGAAACGCCCGGAAAUAUUACCGAUCUGACGCUUUCCGAAACACAAUUGAGAUUUGCCGAAGCGAUCAUUGCGACCGGAAAACCCGUGAUUUUGGUGAUGGUCGAAGGUCGUCCGCGUGUCAUCAGCCGAAUUGCCGACAAAGUUUCGGGAAUUUUACUUGCGCUCAAUCCGAGCAGUGAAGGCGGAAACGCGGUUGCCGACGUGCUUUUCGGCGAUUACAAUCCGAACGGCAAGCUUCCCUUUACCUAU